AAGAUUUGUAUGGGGAUACAGUUACACUUAAAAAGCCAGGAGGAGAACACUGGUCUCACCAGAAGCACAGAGGGGUUCAAGCUUUUCACCUUACGAUUAUUUAAGGCCAACAAUGUCUCCUCAACAAAUUGCAACAGUGCUGUUUAUUCUGUCUUCAAAAGUAUGCUCACAAAAGCUUGAUGCAAGGAUCAUCGGGGGUCAGGAGGUCCAACCGUACUCGAUCAAAUACCAGGCCUCCCUGCAGACUGAGAAAGGGGAGCACUAUUGUGGAGGAACACUGGUGGACAAAGAGUGGGUGGUGUCUGCUGCCCACUGCUGGAGACCGAGCCACUUGAUGAUUGUGGUGUUGAGUGAACACAACCUGCGUGAAACAGAGGGAUUUGAACAGAACUUUGGUGUCUCAAAAAUAUAUGUGCACAGCUACAACUACAAGACAUUCAACAAUGACAUCAUGCUUAUUAAGCUUGAUAGGCCAGCAGUGCUGAACGCCUACGUCCAGCCAGUCAGGCUGCCUGAUGAAAACACCCCCCCUUUAAGAGGGAAUCUUUGCACUGUGAGUGGGUGGGGUGUGACACAGGUUUAUAGUUACGCGCUGUCUCCGGUGCUCCGAGCUGUGGACGUGACAGAAAUAUCGCUCUGCUACUAUUACUACUGGGGCAGGAUCACUGAGAACAUGAUGUGUGCUGGAUCUCCAUAUGGUGGCAAAGAUUCCUGCCAGGGAGAUUCUGGGGGUCCACUUGUCUGCAAUGGCAUCUUUGAGGGGAUUGUCUCCUGGGGCAUCAGUUGUGCAAAUCCAUACUUCCCUGGUGUCUACACCAAAGUGAGGAACUAUGUGCCAUGGAUCAGCUAUAUCAUGAAUUCUGAUUAAACAUUUAGCUUUAAUCUUAAUAACAUCAAAACUUGUAACGCAUAAUUUUGCCUUCAUAUCUGCAUGGUACUAUAAAUAAUUUUUAAUAUAGCAUAAUAUUAAAUCAUUGUGUAAUGUUCAUGUAUUCAUUUCUCCCAUGCUUCAUAUAAAAGUCUUUCUUGCUUUUGUGGUUAUUUGGAUUAAAUAUUAUUGCAUUAGAAUAAACUGAAAAACUACUUUUCUGAAUGUCAAAUGAAUACAACUGAAUUAUUUAGGUGGUCACAAUUAAGUAGUAAUUUAUUUUGUUAAGAGAUUUCUAACAUAUUCCUAAAUAAAAGCAUUUUUAUUGGAUCUUGUUUCACUUAAUAAAGAACAGCAUUUUUAUUUUAAUAGUUAUUGGAUCAAGAUAAACUGCAUAGUUGGCUAAAGGUCUAAAUGAGCUCACUCAAUUUUUUUUUUCCCCACAAGCCAUUUCAUGUAUGAAUCAUUAUAUAUCAGUUGAUUGUCUUGAAGAUGUAUAUUUCAAAGACUGUUGACAUGUCUACUUAACUGUAUGGCAUGCUUGAAAAUGUUCUGACAAA